GGAGAACUUCCGACUUCUCUUGCCUCUCUCAGCAUUACGUCAGCACUACUUCGUUACGAUUCGCUACUGGGGAUCACAUGGCCUAUUGAGCCACCCACUAAGCGCCAUUUUGCUUGGAGCACCGCGAAGGCUGCACCUUCUCACCAUUGCUCCGAGCGGUCGCGUUGUUUACAUGUGCGAGCGAUCGGUGCCCCUGCUGUUUUAUCAUGAAUUCAGAUGCAGGUUUAAGAGAUUUACCUCCAGGUGAUCCAAAGCUCACUACUCGUAUUCUAAGUCACCUGAAGUCUCGCGGUCUCUUUGACGAGCUCCGACGGGACUGCCUCGGUGAUGUUGAUACUAAGCCCGCGUACCUCAACCUCAAACAGAGGGUCGACGGUUACAUUACGAAGUUCCUUUCGUCACAAACUUGGACUCCUGAUAUGAACAAGAAUCAUGUACGGGAUGUGAUGCGUCGUGAAAUAAACGAGUCGGGCAUGUUGUCCGCCGGCAUGGAUCAUCUAGUCGACCAGAUCAUAAACCCCAAAAUCUACCAAGUCUUCACGCCCGAAGUGGAAAACGGCGUCCGGCAGUUUUUCGGCCUGGACAGUCCAGAAGUCCCCAGCAGCCGGCCUCACCCCCCAACGAUACAAGCCAGCGAGCAGCGGUUAUCGGAAGCCGACAACAUCAUCACUACCACUACGGCUCUGAGUGCAGCUGCUCCCGACAUAGAUGAGAACACUCAAGAUGUCAGCUCUGCUCCGUCCCCAAAGGCACAUCCGAGGCCACCUUCCCCAUGCGACAUUAUAAGUGACGUAUCUUCUGAGCCCCAACUGAUUAUUGUUACCGAAAGCAAUGACCAUCCCGAAGAAGAUAGUGAAGAGCCUCUGCCCGUUCCCAGCCCAGAGCUCGAAACUACAAGGACGUUUGUCACCACGUCUUCGACCACAACUGUCACCGACUCAGUCGCUUCAUCUUCAUUGUUGGUGACAAACCCUGUUACUGUGGCAGUUACAGCUACAGCCCCUGUCACAACCUGCAUCACAACCGCCACCACCUCAGCUCCAGAAGAAACGACAGAGCCCAGCAAAGACAUUACAGCAUCUCCAUCCGUAGUUGACACUUCAGAAAAAGUCCGCAAGAGCUCGGAAGACAAAUCAAAGAGGCUGACAGAUGAUCGCGAAAAGGAAAAACCCGCAAAAAAGGCGGAUGAUCAUAGGGAUGAGGGUGCCAGAAAAGAGAAGAAGGAAAGGUACGACGACUCCACGAGGUCAGAUUCAAAGAGCAAAACGCACGGCUCAUCUUUGUCUCGUAAACAUUCAGAGUCCUCAUCGAGGUCUUCCAAGUCCCACAAGUCAAGAAGCGAAGCAGACGCUUCUAAGGAUAAGAAAGACGGUGGCCAUUCUUCGUCAGACACAACGGAAACUAAGGGAGACCACUGUAGGGACAAAGGAGAAUCGCCCAAACCAGAGUUGUCACGGGAAAAAAGUGACAAAGAAAAACGCAGUUCGCACUCCUCCUCGUCUUCAAAGUUGAGCAGGACGUCGGACUCCAAGAGCGCCAAGAAGAAGCUGGACGACCGGCACAGGUUGCAGAGCGGCCAGCACCAGGACGAAAAAAAGCACAGAAGGGACGACGAGAGAAGCAGGGACGGUCACAGGUCACAUAGCCACGACCGCAAACACAGCAGCGAGAAACAGAGGUCUUCGUCCAAAGACUCCUCAAAGCCACAAAAAUCCUCCGGUAAGUCCACCGACAGGUCUUCAGAGAGGCCUUCUCAAGGUUCCAAAGACUCCAAGAGGGAAAAGACCCAGGAGAAAAGACACGUCGAACCGAGACACGACGACUCGAGCGAAACGAAACCGAGACCCGAGUCGCCGAUACUUGCAUUAUGGGAAGGAAGAGAAACUUCGGUGCAAGGAGAAGAGAUACUGACGUUUUCGUACGUCAAGGACCGAUCAUCUGGGGGCCGUGAAGUUGACUUAAAGUUAAUCAGCGCUACUUGUACAAGUGAACCGAGUUUACAUGAGGUCUCUGUGACGGAAGACGGACUAGAGGUCGGACUUGGCUGUCCAGAGGUGCACUUACCCGAGUCGGAAGAAGGAGUGCCGGUUACAUCAGAGGAUAGUCCAUUGAAGAUUGACAGCAGAACAGAAGCUGGUCAUACUGAGGAAAGUCUGCCCGUAUCCGAGGGCCGGAAAGACAGCGAUCUCAAAUCUGUCAAACGACGGAAAAGCCACGCCUCGCCAAGAGCAGGAAAGCGUUCGCCAGAAAAAAAACGACAGAAGAGGAACGAGGACGGGAACGAGUCGGAAGGGGCGUGGUCGGACGUAACCGUCAGUUCAGUCCAUACGAGUGACCUAUCAUCGUACGAUGACCGCAUCAGCUUGUCUUCGGCGGAGGAAGAGCAAGAAGAUGAAGAUAGCGGAGCAAAGGAGAAAGUCAAGAUCUCGCUCAAAGAAAUCAAGAAAAUUGCCAGCAUCAGCAGCAGCAACGAGGAUGAGGAUAGGCUGAGCAAGUCUGAAACCGAGCAUUUACCCGCGGAAGAGAGCCACAAAGCGCCACCUUCGGGCACUCCACUGCCGCUGGACGAGAAGGCUCCAGUACCUCUCUCUGUAACUCCCAGCUGCCAGGACAACGAAGGCAAGAUGGGUCUAAGGCGGCAGCGCAAAAUCAAUCCGAAAUACGUGUCCGAGGAGUUCUCCUCCAUCUUCACGGAAGGGAAGAAGCCCGCCGCAGGAACAAUAGACUUCAGCGAACUCGCAAAGUACGGCAAGGAACGCCACUACGAUGAUCGGCCGCGUCGGAUCCACCAGGACUCGGGUCACGAAGCGCGCAGACAGUCGGUGCCCCGGGAAGAGGUCCUCGUCCUGCCAGCUGUGGAUCUCCUCGAUCACGGGGAGCUCGAAAUGGCCCAGGUCACCCCUUCCGAGGAAGGAAGCUCCGAGCCCAGCCCCGACAGGGGACGGAAGCCAUCGCGCAGACUCAGCGGGAGCGUCAAGAGCACCUCGCCCGACGGCUCUGAAUCGAGGCAUAGGUCGGAAAGCACAUCUUCACAGCGUUACGAGUCGUCCGACCUGUACAAGCCACGACCGAUCAUUUCUUCCGGGACGCGCCGUGCUCGGUCGGGAGUUCAACCACCAACGUCUCCCACUUCAGAAGAAGAACCUGAAGACGACGAAGAAUCGGAUACGACGCAGCGCAAAAAACGUCCCCUCAAGGUUUGUAUCGGCCUCAAGAGGGGUAACAAGUCGCCGGGCAGCGCCGCACCGCCCAAGAAGAGACGUGCCUGACAUAUUGCUUCUUCAAAUUCAUGCAGGCCUAGCCUGAUUCAGUCCCCAUUUUCAUGUCGUUGUAUAGAAUGUACAGCAUUCAAUCAUUUUUGCUUGUAAGAUGCAUGUUUAAUUAGUAAAACAUGUUGUAAGAUAAG